AGAGGUCGGACGCCGUGCAGGCGGCGGCCGUGGCCGGCGGGAAGCAUCACGUCAAUGGGUCCGCCGUGGCAGGCAUGGACAAGCUUGUGACUUCAACUGUUGGGAAAUCAACAAACAUCCUUUGGCAUGACUGUCCAAUAGGGCAGCCUGAGAGGCAGAAAUUGCUAAACCAGAAGGGCUGUGUUGUGUGGAUCACUGGGCUAAGUGGUUCAGGAAAAAGCACAUUAGCAUGCGCACUGAGUCGCGAGCUUUACUCCAGAGGUCAUCUGAGCUACAUUCUAGAUGGUGACAAUCUCAGGCAUGGAUUGAACCGAGACCUCAGUUUCGAAGCAAAGGACCGAGCUGAAAAUAUACGUAGAGUGGGAGAAGUAGCAAAGCUAUUUGCAGAUGCUGGUCUGAUCUGCAUUGCUAGCCUGAUAUCACCGUACAGAAGUGAUCGAAGUGGUUGCCGCAGUUUACUGCAGAAUUCAUCAUUCAUUGAGGUGUUUCUGAAUGUCCCACUUGAAGUUUGUGAAGCUAGGGAUCCAAAAGGCUUGUACAAGCUUGCACGUGCUGGUAAAAUCAAAGGGUUUACUGGAAUAGAUGAUCCUUAUGAACCACCUUCUGAUUGUGAGAUAGUAAUACAUUGCAAGGCGGGCGAUUGCGCUACGCCAAAAUCAAUGGCCGAUAAAGUAGUGUCAUAUCUUGAAGAAAAUGGAUUCUUACAGGAUUAGAGAUGGAUGAUUUUGAAGAAUAGUACUGGAAAAUGGAUUGCCAAGGGAUGUACUGUAUGAGUUGGUGUUCAUACCUACAAACAGAAAUGUAAAGUAUGUGAAUGAAUUGACCAUCAAGGUGAAAUGUGUACAUUAUUAUGAGGAAACUGAAAUUGUUUUCACCCAA